AUGUAUGCGAAAAAGUUUACAGGAUCCGAUCCACAGACGGUGCGAACCGCCGCCGAAAUCGUCGCACUUCAGAGGAUGAAGCAAAAUCGUGCUGCAGUCGUUUCGAUCCGCACCUUGCUUCGAACGUCUUCGGAUAUUCCGACGACGGCGGAAAAGAUGACGGCGAUGCGGGAAGCUCGUGGCGAUUCUGCAUCGGCGGACCCGUUGAAUGGAGCUCGCAGCAAAAUAAAUGAUAGGAAAUUCGCAUUUCUAAAUCAGAUAACCCACCCUGACUACCGUAGUCUACCUACAUCAGCUGCCGCAUCGCAAUCAUCUGUUCCUUCGACCCCAGUCACCAUCCCACUAAAAUCGAAUGGAGCUGAACAGAUCAUAUUCCGUGAAUUCGGUGCACCAAUCGCAACUCCUGAAGACGAAGAACUGCUCGAUGAUCUGGAAAUAAAAUCCGAGCCAGUGCUUUCACCGCGCAGAGCAUUUACGGAUUUCGGAGAAAGUGAGGAGAAGGAAAAUAGAGAAGAGGAUACUGAUGCAGAUACGACGAUUCGGGAAGACAUUGAUGAUGUGAGAAAAUGUGAUGAUGUUGAAAAGGACGAAUAUGACGAUGAUGAAUGCAUAAUGAAAACAUCAGAAUCGAAUGUUCAGGAGGAUGAAGAUAUUGAAGAACCAAUGAAAAACGAAUUGGAAAAUGAAGAGGUGGAGGAAGAGCCAACAUUAGAUGAAUCAGUGACAGAUUCACAAAUUGAAGAAAUCAUUGACGUCAAACCGGAAGAAGAGCGGAAAUCUCCAAAAAUAGAACCUAUAGAUUUCAUUCGAAUGGUUGAAAGUGCUCCAGAGCUGUCAAAUCCCUUCCGAGCAUCUUCAGAAAAACAAGAAGUCGAAGCGGAGGAGAUUCGAAAAAUGACCGAAUCGUAUGGUGAACCACGGAAAGCGGUUCUUCAUAGAGUAUACGAUACUGUCGAGGAAACUGAUGAAGAUGAGACUGAAACUGAAACAGAGACCGAAACGGAAAAUGAGGAUAUGGAUGAAGACGUGGAUGACGAUGUUAGAAGACAGAUCGCUGCAGUUUCCGACGUCCCGAUGGUGUUCGGCUGGAACGGUAGUAAAAGAGAAAAGAUGGAAAAACCAACAAGUCUUCCGUUGCAUUACGAAGUUGAGGCCGACUGUUCGACACCCAGGAGAGCUGAAUUCUCCAUCAACCCCGAUGACGACACUUCAUCAGAAGAUCCUACAACCCAGUCCACUUCCUCCUCAGCCGAAGAAGGCGUUCUUCAGCAAUCACUCCUCCAACUCCAAAAACAACUCCGUAAAACGGAUGUCCGUUGCUCUCGUCUUGAAAAGAUUUGCGAAUUCCAACAGCGUGACAUCGACAGCCUCCGUUUCGAGGUCGACUGGAAAGACAAACGAAUCGAAUAUCUACAGAAGACGUUGCAGGAAAUGGAAUCCUCAUCGCAAGCUGAUGCCUCAACGGCAAGAUCUACAUCCACGUCAUAA